CCGGGCCGCUGCGAUAAAUACUGGCAGGAGAGGGGUCCAUGAGCUCAGUACCAGCGACGAGUCCCGCUACGGAGGCACCGAGGACAAGUCAGCGGUCCGCGAGACUUCCAACUGCUAAUUGAAGACCACCCGAGAAGCCAUGAACAGAACACUGAUAUUGCUCCUGUCUGCUCUUUGCUGCUGCCUAGCGGACAAUGUGGAGCUGCUCCGCUCUAAGAGAGGCACUCGUUUCUACAGAGGUGAGCCCGACAGGCGGCCAGCCAGACGGACGCUUUUCAUUAUUCAUGUCCAGAAGUCUUCACCCUCCUUUGAAAACUCCUUACAUUGUGUGGAUGCUGAGACCUCAGCAGUCCAUAGUUUUGGGGACACUUGGCUGCGAUGGAGGGGACAGCGCGUGGAGUAUUGCCGUUGUGCGUUAAAAGGACGAGAGCGUUGUCAUGUUGUGCCCGUCAUCAACUGCUACGUGUCUCAGUGCUACAACGGAGGAACGUGUAAGGAGGCCGUGUACACGUCGGACUACAUUUGCCAGUGUCCCCCAGGCUACAGUGGGACUCAGUGUGAGAUCAACUCCAAUGAGAAAUGCAUUGUGGGGCCGGGUGAAGGGUACCGCGGCACAUGGAGCAUCAGCCAUUCGGGAGCGGAGUGCAUUAACUGGAACGCCACGUCUCUGAGGGGAAGGAGGUUCACCGCUAGGAAAGUCGAUGCCAGCGGUCUUGGACUGGGCAAUCACAACUUCUGCAGGAACCCUGACCACGACAGCACUCCUUGGUGUUAUAUCUAUAAAGGCACUCAGAUUGCUUGGGAGUUCUGUUCCAUGUCCAAAUGUCCAGAAGAUGACCACACAGAAUGUGUACGGGGCUCAGGUCGGUCAUACCGAGGCACGGCAUCCGUCGCGAAGAGCGGCUCCCGCUGCCUCCCCUGGGACUCGCCAGCUGUCAAGCACAAGCUGAAUAACGCGUGGAGGUCCGACGCAUUGGAUCAGGGACUGGGCAGCCACAGCUUCUGCAGGAAUCCAGACGGAGAUGCAGGUCCGUGGUGUCACACAUACAAGAGCAUGCAGCUGACCUGGGAGCUGUGUAACAUUCCGAAAUGCGCGAGACGUCCAUUGGUCAGCAGCACUCUGGGCCCACGCGCCCCCACCACCAACAACAAUAAUGGAGCAACAUGCGGGCAGCGCUUGGACAACACGCUGAAUCGCCCGUCGUUUCGCAUGUUCGGGGGGAGAGAGAGCGACAUCACGGAGCAGCCAUGGCAGGCGGCCAUCAACGUUUACCAGGCCCGUCACAGAAAGCACUUUCACCGCUGUGGAGGGGUCCUCAUUGACUCCUGCUGGGUCCUGUCUGCUGCACACUGCUUCGAGGACAACGUCAAAGCAGAAAAAUUGGAAGUGAUUUUAGGAAGAACAUUUCGGGAGCAGAAUUCCAGCAGCGAGCAGAUUUUCAAGGUGGAGAAGUACUGGAAUCACGAGGAAUUCCACAACUUAACAUUUGACAACGACAUCACCCUUUUGAAGCUGAAGACGGAAAUUGGCAUCUGUGCUGUAAACUCUCCAGAGGUUCUUCCGGCGUGUCUGCCUGACCGUGGGCUGGUGCUGCCCGACUGGACCGAGUGUGAGAUUUCAGGCUACGGAAAAGACUCUGAAUUUGCUGCAGAGUACUCUGAGCGAGUUAAGAGGGGUUUUGUCCGCUUGUGGCCCAAAGAGCGCUGCGUCCCAGACGUGCUGUCCCAACGCCCCAUCACAUCCAACAUGCUGUGUGCGGGGGACACCCGAGGCCUGGACGACGCCUGCAAGGGAGACUCUGGAGGCCCGCUGGUCUGUCGGAACAACGACAAGAUGACUCUCAUGGGUGUGAUCAGCUGGGGCGACGGCUGCGGGCAGAAGGACAAGCCUGGGGUCUACACCCGCGUCACCCAUUACAUCAACUGGAUCAAGAGCAAAAUCAAGGCAAACCCCGUCUAAAGGAAGAGAGACUGCAAAGACGACGUGGAUGGACGAGCGUACCCAUGAAACGCUUGGACGGCUCACCAGAGAGAACGACCGGAGAGGGCAGCAGGACUCUUGGUUCUGAAGUUCAUCUGUUCAUCUGAAUCCAAACUGGUGGAGCGUUUUAACCAGGAUCUCGUGUUCUGGUUCUGACCGUGUUCAGUGUGACAGCAGCAAGUGGGAGAGAACAGAGGACAGACUCUUAAUGACGCUAACAUACAUAUUUUUCUCUUCAUUCAAGCAAGCUACUCUUGCGUUUCAUGAAUACUUUGUCCAACAAAACUUGAGGUUCAGGAAAAUUAGUGGAUAUCUGGCUAUUCCUUUGCUCAUUUGGGCCGGCUUUGUGCUCGUUUAUACAAAUAAGUCUCAAUUGGUGCACUUUUAGUCCAAAAGCACACUCUACUCCACACUGCACAGGAUUUUGUUUUUACACAUUGCAGUAAAUCACAUUUUUUGUUAAGGUUUCGUGCAAAGAUUGUGUCGUCCAGAUGUCAGGUUAGGUUGCCUCAAUUACAGAUGUUACACAUCAGCUCUUUACAAGUUCCAGACCAAAACAAAACAGAUCUGCUGGCUCAGAUUGAACUUCUUUUUUUUUUGCUGCCUUGUAGAUUUGGACAGGUGGAAGUUACGAAACACUGACUCAAUUCAAGAAAUUGUUCUUUUUCUUAUGAUUUGGUUUUAAAUGAGAUUUCCAAAACACUCCUUGCCAGACACAUGGGUUGAUCCCAGCAUGUAUAUAACAGGUAUAUUGUCUGAGUAUUACUUUUUAUAUUGAAAAAGACUCGGGUCCGUUCUUUUCGGUUCUACAUUAAAAUUGCUUGUGGCUCCAUAAACACCCUAAUUUUGUUCUGUGACUAGAUUUAGUUCUUUUUUUUUUACUAAGUUAAUAUUUAUGUGUAUUUUAUUUUAUAUUGGAUAAACUACUUUGUAGUGUGUAGUUUGAUAAUGUAUUGUCUCUGUUAUUAUAAUCACAUGUGGCAACAUACACCUUUGUCAAUAAAUAAUAUUU